AUGAAAUAUAAUAAUUUAUUUAAAAUUAUUUGUAUACUUGUAGUCAUUCAAUUCAUUAAUGGUGAUGAUGAAUUUUAUGAUGAUGACUAUGAUUAUAUUGUUCUUGGAGCAGGUACAGCAGGAUCAAUUGUUGCAAAUAAACUAUCUGAAAAUAAAAGAAAUUCGGUAUUAUUAGUUGAAGAAGGUGGUUUUGCUCAACAUCCAUGGAUUUGGGAUCCAAAAGAUUGGGUACCACAUUUUCUUAUUAAUCCAGAGCCUGUUGUAUCUAGAGCAUUUUUCACUGCUCCUGAACCAGGUUGUAAUAACCGUACUAUGUCACUGUUGAGAGCUAAAGUAACUGGUGGUUGUAAUGCACACAAUGGUAUGGUUCUUGUUGUUGGAGAUAAACAUAUGUAUAAUCGUUGGGCCGAUCAAACCGGUGAGAGUGAAUGGGGUUGGAACAAUGUUGCCGCCAAACACAUUCCAGAGCUUCGUUCAAAGUUUUACUUUAGAAAGAUGGAUGAAAACAGAGCUCUUCUUCCAGAGAUAAAGAGUGCAGUUACCGCCAUUGGUGUACCAUACGUCCCAGAUGUCUAUGUUGGUAAUUUGAAUGGUUUGACCAACAGAGUAUCAAUGUCCAAACCAGACAACAUCACCGUCCAAAGAAGAGAAACAAGUUAUUCAAAUUAUAUUGAUCCAAUUGCAGCCAAUCGUAAGAAUUUAGAUGUUCUAGUCUAUCAUCGUGCUGAAAAGAUUCAAUUCAAUGGAAAUAGAGCUGUUUCCGUUAGAUUAAGAGAUGUUGGAACUGGAAAGAUUAGAAACGUUAGAAUCAACAAAGAGAUUAUUCUUAGUUUAGGUGCUUUUGAAUCACCGGUUCUUUUGCAAGCAAGUGGUGUUGGUAAUCCCUCAAAGCUAUUGCAAGCAGGUAUUACACCGGUUAUCAACUCACCAAAUGUUGGUGAAGGUUUAUUAGAUCACAUCUAUUUACCAUUCACAGGAAAGCCUGUAGUAUCAAACAUUGCUGCAAACUUGACUGCAAGUGAUCUCUAUAGAUAUUCAAUCACCGAUGGAUUCCUCUAUUUCGGUACCAAACAAAACAAGACAGAACACGAUUUCAUUUUGGGUUUGAACUUUGUUUACUAUGGUCCUGGUCAAGUCCGUUUCGAUUGUCCAGUCGAGCUUGUCAAUGCCACCAGUGUUGGAAGAGUACAGCUAAAGAAUGUCGAUGCAACCGGUGCCGCCAUCCAACCAUUGAUCAACAACAACUUUUUGACAACUGAAAGCGAUGUUCAAAUUUUGAUUGAUGGUAUCAAAGAAUGUCGUAGAAUUCAAGAUAAACUCGUUCAAAUGGGUAUCGUAGAUGCAAGUCAACCAGAGUUAACCAAUCUCGGUCAAGACGAUGCAUCAAUCGAAGCCUAUGCAAGAAGUAGAGGUUCAGGUGAUUUCCAUCCACAUGCUUCAAUUAGAAUGGGUAAAUGGAAUGAUCCAACCACUCCACUCGAUCCACAUCUCAAACUAAAGGGAACUAGAAAUGUUCGUGUCAUCGACGCAUCUGUAAUGCCAUCCAUCGCAACAGUAAACACAAAUUCACCAACAAUGAUCAUUGCAUUACAAGGUUCUAAAUUUAUUUUACAAGAUAAUUAA